GGGUCGCGGGUACCACCACCGUCAGCCAAGAUCCUUAUUCUGGAGACCGCGUCUUUUAAACUGCGCAGCGGACAGUCUUGAGAUGGGAGGCGCCCGCCCAGAGCUGAAGGAGAGAAGAGCUGGGCCUGGCAAGCUGAGUCUGCAGAGCAUUUCACAGUGAUGAAUCAGUGCAUUUACAGAGGGAUGGAGGAGCACAAGGAAAGACCCAAGCGGCCAAGGCAGAACAACUUCUCCAUGUUUCCCUCUCCCAAAGCCUGGAAUUUCAGAGGGCGGAAACGGAAGCAGAGUGCCCAGGAUGAAGAUGCCGUCAGCCUAUGCAGUCUUGACAUAAGUGAACCUAGUAACAAAAGGGUCAAACCCCUUUCCAGAGUCACAUCGCUAGCAAAUCUCAUCCCACCUGUGAAGACCACACCGUUAAAGCGCUUCAGCCAAACCUUGCAGCGGUCCAUCAGCUUCCGCAGUGAGAGCCGCCCCGACAUCCUCGCCCCUAGAGCCUGGUCCAGAAAUGCCACCUCCUCAAGCACGAAGCGGAGGGACAGCAAACUCUGGAGUGAGACCUUCGAUGUGUGUGUCAGUCAGGUGCUCACAGCCAAGGAGAUCAAGAGACAGGAGGCGAUUUUUGAGCUUUCUCAAGGUGAAGAGGAUUUGAUAGAGGACUUGAAAUUAGCAAAAAAGGCCUACCAUGACCCCAUGCUGAAACUCUCAAUAAUGACAGAACAAGAGCUGAAUCAGAUUUUUGGAACCCUGGACUCUCUAAUCCCUCUCCAUGAAGACCUCCUUAGUCAGCUUCGAGAUGUCCGGAAGCCCGAUGGCUCGACGGAACACGUUGGUCCCAUCCUCGUGGGCUGGCUGCCUUGUCUCAGCUCCUAUGACAGCUACUGCAGCAAUCAAGUUGCUGCCAAAGCCCUGCUGGACCACAAGAAGCAGGACCACAGAGUGCAGGAUUUCCUCCAGCGCUGCUUAGAAUCACCCUUCAGCCGCAAACUCGACCUCUGGAAUUUCCUUGAUAUUCCCCGGAGCCGGCUAGUGAAGUACCCUCUGCUCCUUCGAGAAAUCCUGAGGCAUACGCCAAACGAUAAUCCAGACCAGCAGCACCUGGAAGAAGCUAUAAACAUCAUUCAGGGAAUUGUGGCAGAAAUCAACACCAAGACUGGGGAAUCGGAAUGCCGUUAUUACAAAGAGCGGCUUCUUUACUUGGAAGAAGGCCAGAAAGAUUCCCUGAUUGACAGCUCAAGGGUCCUGUGUUGUCAUGGAGAGCUGAAAAAUAACCGGGGUGUGAAACUCCAUGUUUUCCUGUUCCAAGAAGUGCUGGUGAUUACUCGAGCUGUCACGCACAAUGAGCAACUCUGCUAUCAGUUGUACCGGCAGCCCAUCCCUGUGAAGGACCUCACUCUGGAAGACCUGCAGGAUGGAGAAGUGCGGCUGGGUGGCUCCCUGCGUGGGGCCUUCAGCAACAAUGAGAGAAUUAAAAACUUCUUCAGAGUCAGUUUCAAGAACGGAUCCCAAAGUCAGACCCACUCACUGCAAGCCAACGACACCUUCAACAAACAGCAGUGGCUCAACUGUAUCCGUCAGGCCAAAGAAACGGUUCUGUCUGCUGCCGGGCAGGCUGGCUUGCUUGACUCCGAGAGCCUGUCCCAGAGUCCUGGCACUGAGAACAGGGAGCUGCGGGGAGAAACAAAACUUGAGCAGAUGGACCAAUCAGACAGUGAGUCGGACUGCAGUAUGGACACAAGCGAGGUCAGCCUCGAAUGCGAGCGGAUGGAACAGACAGACGCUUCCUGUGCAAACAGUAGGCCUGAGGAGAACGUCUGACAGAGGCUGUGACCCUGCCAGCAGCAGGCCCGUGUCUUACCUGUACAGUGUUCGUAUUCCACACGGGAACAGUUUGGAGAGGCACUUUGUAAUACUCCUGUGCCUGUGUUGGCCUAGCCCCUGUGUCUGCUCCUUGUCCCUAGCACUGUAACUGCCACCCAGUCUGUGUCAGCUUGCAGCAGCCCUUACCCUGUUGCUGUAUCCCACAAGCAUCUGGAUGAGUGCAGAGGAAUGGACCAUGUUACUUCGAGUUGUCCUACAUUCAAAACAGAAAGACUCUCUAAACUACUGUUGUGCGUGGCAAGGCCUUUGUCUCAUGCUUGCCUAGUGUUCCUCUAGCUCUGACAUAGUCACUGAAGUCCUGGCACUGGGAGAGCUCUGCAGAAUACUGAGAUCGCAUUGAAGGAAAGGCAGAAAGUCUGAUUAACCGUUGGAGGGAACUCCAGUUUUGAGUUAUUCAACUAGAAAGCCUGAAAGCAUCUCUGGGGGUUUCUGAGGUUGGAUUUUUACAAAGGAGGAAGCCUUGUUUUGAAGCCUGUGGUUUCAUCCAGUGCAAGUCGAAUGUGAACAAUCUGUGAAGACCUGAAACAGAGGUGGCUUUAGAAAGGGCCAAGACAAGAGCAGCUGCCGGACAGGCGAGCAGAGGCAGGGAGAUGCGGAGUUCAAGAACAGCCUUGGCUACUUACCAAGUUCUAGUUCAAACUGAGUUCCACCGUAAAAACAAAACAAAGCUAAAAGCACCUGCCAGCUCUGAAUAUUCAGCUGAAGUUGGGGGUGGAUAUUGGAGGCGUUUGUCAUGGCCAAUGGCUUGCCAUUAGAAGAGCCAUUUCUAGCCUACAACAUCAGGAUUGCCAGGACCAGAGAAGAUCUGCCAGGGUCAUGCAACCCCAUCAGCAUUAUGUUUUGUCCUCCUCAGCCACUCCUCUUUUCCAGUGGUAAUGGGGGAUGGGGGGGUAGGAACACAGAGACUGUGACUGCAUCUGGUGACUGUUGACAAACAAGAGAGAAGGACUUGGGGGUGAGAAAUGUGUCACUGUCACCCAAGGCUCCUGUGUGAACCACGGAAAUUGAAGUUACUCCGGAGGGUCUCAGGAUUUCCUGCCCUGCUUUUGGGCCUGGUUCUAGAGCUACAGACGGACUGGUGGUUAAUUCCCCUCGAGGCCGGUUUCAUUAGCUCUUAUUAACUAGAACCGGCUAGCCAAACUGGAAAGUUCUUUGUUAAAGCCUUGCUUUACAGAGCAAGGAUGGGUAAAAAGACCUUGAGGGCGUGGGGGAAAAAAAAACGUUCACAAACGUUUAGACAGAGCAGCUUCUGCAAGUGUAAAUACUUAGAGGAUUUGUAUAAAAUUAUACCCACACCAGCACUAGUAGUAAUGAUUCUAAAUUAUUGCCAAAAAGUUUUUUUUGUUUGUUGUUGUUAAUUUUUGCAUCUAUCAAGUUUACAGAAAAGAAAGCAAAAUGCAAAGUUGUCCCUUUACUACGCACAUGUGUCGUGCGCACUGAAAGAAGCUGUGUGGCAAGAACAACCAAUAGAAAAACAAGGUAUAUGACAUUAUUAUUUUUCAAGACCUAUUCUGACCAGUUUCUACCCUGUAGAGCCUAUUUCUGUAUUUAUAGUUUUUAACCAUGGUGAAAAUUUUUUUCUAUUAUGAGUUUAUUUAAAACCAUUUUGUCUCUCAAGUUGCUGAUGUAGCGAAUAAACCUGCUCCAGGCAGACACAGUGGGAAGCUGAGACGGACCGGGCACUGGACGAUAGAGAAAAGCCUGAAAUGUUCUCUACAGAGCCACUGUGACCAGCGAGUUAAGGAAGGGUCUCUGUCAGGGUCAGCCUGUGGGAAGAGAGUGGAUGAAUGUUCUGGUGAAAUGAAUACUUUUGUAUAAUGGCCUUAAACUUUUCUGGAAGCAUUUCAAAUAAAUUGCAUUAAAAAUACCUUU